AUGAUCCACCUUUCACAGCCUCAACAUGCGUUUACUCUUGUUUCCGAGAUGAAACAAUUCUUACUUGGAAAGGUUGGAAAGACCAAUGCUGUGAAUCUAGGUACUAAUGGACGAGAGGAGAUUGAAGAGUUUGAAUAUGUGUCUAAUAGUCAUCAUUUGGAAGGAAAAUCAUUUUCGGAAUUGGUUAAAAUUAUAUGUGAUCAUGUUUCAUUAUUUUCUGAUUCGGAUAUCAAGAGAUUGGUGAUUCCAUAUAUUAUUUUGUUUAAAAAGAAGAAGGGAACAAGCCUUGUAGAACGGUUUUGUUAUAUGGUGGAUUUUAUUUGUUCGCAUCGACAUUUUCCGAUUAUUAUUUCUAAUUUAUUAAUACCAUUGUUGAAUAAGAGGAGUUUUUAUGAAGGUUGUUUGAGAGACUGCUUUGAAUCAUCUAAAACAAGUGAUCAGCAUGGAAGAAGUAAUAUUGAACAUGAAUCAUUGGUGAAAGUGUUAACAACACUGCACGAAAAGGUCACGACAUUGUACUUUUCAAACCAUAGUGUAAAUACCGCACAAAAUACGAACAAUGAGGAUGCAAUGAAAAAUAGUGUGAUUGUAGAAUUACUCGAUCAGGCAUCUCAAGCAAGCAUUUACAGAGAGAAUGAAAUGAACAAGGAAAAUAUUUUUGCGCGUACUAAUUCCUCUCUCUGGAGACUUCCUUCUUUUUUCAACUCUGAGCAGUAUAUCAAACAUAUCAUAUACUCACUAGAUUUCACCGCUACGCAAAAAGAAAGCUUUAAGGAUGAGGAUGAUAACAAUGAGUCAUCUUUUCAUUCAUACAAUAUUACACUCUUGUCUGACGUGAUUACACAAUUCAACAAGAGAGGCUACAUGUCCAUUUAUUGUGACAUUCUUGUGGAUUGGUAUUGGAAGUCUCAUAACUGUCUAUCAUCAUUUUUCUCAUCAAUGGAACAGAAAAACAAUAUGCAUGCACUAAUUAAGGAAUUUUUGUUAAAAAUUCUUUCCACUGAAAUAUCGAAAGAAGAUUACGAACAUUUGGUUAAUUUUAUUUCCAAGAUGAUGACCUCUUCUAUUGUAUGGUAUGAUUGCAUGACAAAUUCGAUGAUUCUCAAGUAUGCAUUUGCUGAGUUAGUUGUCAAUAGACGUCGAUACAUUUUUGUGAAAUUAUUAAUGGAUGUCGCUUUGAAAACUGCUGAGAAUUGUAAAGAAAAACCUUUGACAGCAGUAACAGAUUUUAUUAGUGCCACAUGGAAGACUCACUUCUUCAUCAUGCAGUCCAAUGUUGAACAGCAGCUAUUUGUAUCGUAUUGCCUUGCUGGAUUAAUCUCAUUAAUGACCAAACAAGAAUUUGAAAAUUCAGAGACACUUCGGAAUUGCAUUGAAGGCAUACAACAACGAUUGCACUCCUCAAGCUCCCAUUUAAGAAUGAGUUGUUCUCUGAUUUCUCUUCAAAUGAGCAAGACAAUCAAUCCAAAGCAAAACCCAUUGGUACUUUUCGAUGAUUUGAAAGAUUGCCUCGAUGAAUUUCAUAAUCGUCUUUCUCAAUGCAUUUCUGCAAAUGCUACUUCUUCACUCAAAAAACAAACGUAUGGAGCGUCAUCAAUGGCAUAUGACAGCAUGGAUAUGCAGGACAACAACAAACAACAAAACAAAGUACCAUCCAAAAGAAAGGAAAAGAAAGCCUUCAAUCCCAAUGCAUUGCUCAUUGAUGAUGACGAGUCGUCAGAAGAUACCAACGAAGAUGACAAUGAAGAUGUUUCUGACACGUCCUCCGUCGAAUCAUUACAAUCUCUCGAAAUGUCUGAUGAUGAAGGAGGUAGAGGUGAUGAAAUGAAUCCAUACAAGCCAUACUAUGUGAGAGAUUUGAUUGAUUUUCUCUUUGCCAAUGAUCAGGACAAAGAUCAAAUGCUAAAAAUCGAAGCUGCCCUCAAGUAUGCAGUUCCUGUCAUUGAAAUAACAGAUCCAAAGAUACUUCAACUCAAUGCUGUUCAUCUAUGUACUGCUUUAUUGACCUGCAGUGAAACUCAUAUUCAGAACUACUUUAAGUAUCGAAUGGAUGCCAUGGUUUCAUUGUUGACAAAGAGUUGCAUGUCCAUUGUGGAUUUACAGCAUGACAAAAAAGAUCAAAGAUCCAUUGAUUUUGAAGAUGAGACACUGCUGCUGUACCUCACAAAUAAGUUUUGGUCGAACCAAGUCACUCAAGCUCAACGAAUUGACAUUUUGACAGUACUCGUUAAAACAGCCAUCAAUUUAUCCAACAAUUCUUCAUUGGUUAGUCCUCAGGAUCAAAUCCUUUCAUCACAACAGAAAAAGGAAGAACUCGAACAACAAUCCUCACAUCAACAAGAGCAGAGCAAGUCCUCUCUUGUUUCACCACAAUAUCCACCUAAUACUAAAAGAUGGGGAUCGGCUCUUAACCCUUCGAAAAGAAAACAAACCGAGACACGUCCCAAUUACUUUUUGCUUCACGCCAAUCGAUUUUACUACAUGCUCUUGAGAACCAAAUCAAGAGUUUCAGAGACUAUUCAUGUCAUGUUUGGGGAAGAUAAUUUGGUACUCUCAAAGAUUAUUCAUACAUUGGGGGUUUUCUUGUUUUGCUGUGGCACUAAUCCAGCGCCCUUAGUAUCUCAACAAUUAGGAAAAAAUACUUUGGAGUUUUUGUGGACCUUAAUUUUACAUUGCAAAGAUGUUUCCACAUCUAAUAAUCUAAGAUUGAGCGUACUAGGAACGUUGAAUACAGCUAUUUCAUGCUGUACAUCUAGCAUUUUGCUUGAGGAGUUACUUGUGGAUAUUCAUCAAGUAUUUGAUUGGCUCUUGAAUAUAUCUGAAAAUGAUAGCCAUUUAGAAUGCAGAGAAAUAGCCAAAAUGGUCUUAUCAACUCUGUCGUCUAAAAUCAAGAUUUAG